GUGAGUUCGGGCCUUUUUCCGGGACUCACUCGCGCGGCCGGCGAGGUCCCCCUAGAGACUACAAUUCCCAGCGGGCUGUGCGCCAGGAGCCGGCGCGUUUUGCUGUCGGAAGUGCGCUCCAGCUCGGUUCCCCCCAACUGCUGCCCCGAGCCGGAGCCGCCCAGUAGCCGAGGGACCGGGGCCGCUGGGGUCCGGACAGGGGUCGCCAUGAUCCGCUUCAUCCUCAUCCAGAACCGGGCGGGCAAGACGCGGCUGGCCAAGUGGUACAUGCAGUUCGACGAUGACGAGAAGCAGAAGCUCAUCGAGGAGGUGCACGCCGUGGUGACCGUGCGCGACGCCAAGCACACAAACUUCGUGGAGUUCCGGAACUUCAAGAUCAUUUACCGCCGCUAUGCUGGCCUCUACUUCUGCAUCUGCGUGGAUGUCAACGACAACAACCUGGCCUACCUGGAGGCCAUCCACAACUUCGUGGAGGUCCUAAAUGAAUAUUUCCACAAUGUCUGUGAGUUGGACCUGGUCUUCAACUUCUACAAGGUUUACACGGUCGUGGACGAGAUGUUCCUGGCAGGCGAGAUCCGAGAGACAAGCCAGACCAAAGUGCUCAAACAGCUGCUGAUGCUGCAGUCCCUGGAGUGAGCCUGGCUGCCCCCCUUCCUUCCCUGCCUGCUUCCCCUUCCUCAGCUGCCCCGGGGAGGGGCCACAUGGGAGCAGACUGCACCCCGCAGCUGGCCUCGGGCUCCCCUACCCCCACCCUGAGUGGGUCGAGGCCGCCCCCUUCGUGCCGACUUGCCGUGCCGUGGUGUGACGCUGUGCUGUGGCGUGUGGAGUUCCCAAUAAAC